AUGCCAGCAAAUCAGGAUGGAAAGAAGCGACGAGGUGGAGGAAGCGGGGACAAGCAGCCCGCUUCGACGUCGAACACUCCAGAAGCCAAGAAGCCGAGGCAAGAGGAGAACCGUAAGCCUCGACCGUUUCAAAGGUUCCACGGUGACGUCGGCCACCACACCAACGAUUGCGCCGAUCUUAAAGAUGAGAUCGAGAGAGUAAUCCGCGAGGGGAGGCUGCAAGAGUUCAAAGCCGAGCAGAGACCUAGAAACGAUGGCCACGGUGGCCAGAAUGACGGUCGACGUCGAGAGGAGAACCAUCGACCCGAGGACCGAGAACCCGUCGGCAUCAUACGAAUUGUCCUCGGCGGCCCCUAUAUAGGAGGGGACUCAAGGAGAUCUCAGAAGGACUACGCCCACGAGGCCAGAGGGGUUUACCAGGAAAGGUUCUGGAGUGUCUUCGCUGCAAAAACACUAAGAUUCAGGAGCACCGACGUGGCGUUUAAUGAGGAUGAUGCCAACGGAGUUCACUUCCCCCACAACGACGCGUUGGUGGUAGAAGCCAUGAUCGGGAACCAUUAUGUGUGCCGGAUUCUAGUGGACAAUGGGAGCUUGGUAGACCUCCUAUACUCCGACUGCCUGGAAAAGAUGGGGAUUCCAAAGGAGCAGCUAGAAAAGACCUCCAGGCCGUUGUACGGCUUUACUGGGGACUCCGUCAUCCCUCGGGGGACAAUCCGGUUGCCCAUAACUGUAGGGGAGAAAACUCGACAGGCCACCACAAUGGCUAACUUUGUGGUAAUAAGGGGGGGCUCCCAGUACAAUGCCAUGAUUGGAAGGCUAACCCUCCAGGAGCUGAGGGCAAUCACCUCCAUUUACCACCAAAAAGUUAAAUUCCCUACCCCAAAUGGCAUGGGCGAAAUGAAGAGCAACCAGUAUGAGGCUAGGGUUGCAUACUUCGAUGCCCUGUGCAGAUAUGACCAGUCGGGAAGCAGGAGGCCAGGAUGGUUUAUCAAAGCACCGUCGAAGACAUAG